UCAGACCAGGAUUCAUCUAAUCCUUGCUCCCAACAGACACCUUCAUAUUAUUGUUUUGUUCCCUUUUUCAUUUGUUUUCUCUGUCCUUUCAAAUCCCCUAUAAAUAUGUGAUUCUCUUUCUUCUUUCAUUUUAACAAUCACACAAAUUAUUAACCAAACCCCACUUCCAAUUUCUCUAGUAUCUAUGUGCCUCUUGUUUUGAUUUGACAUGGAAAACAUGAUGAGGCUAAGGAAGCAACACACACACCACUCAUCAUCAUGCAUAGCCAAAUCACACACACCUUCCCUAGCCAUGCACAAAGAUUCCCACAUGGUGGCCAAGGCCAAACCCAAGAUUCGCAUAAUCCACAUAUUCGCACCCGAGAUCAUAAAGACCGACGUGGAGAAUUUCAGAGAACUUGUGCAGAAGCUAACUGGGAAACCAAGUGGAGAAAGGUGUUGCAAUAAGAAGAAGAACAAGAAGAAGGAGAAAUAUUCAAGCAGCACUAGUGGGAGUGGCAUGUCAGAGGAUCACACAGUGAUGAAGACAAUCAAAAGUAGUAAUAAUAAUAACUUUUGGGGGUUGGAUGUGAUGAUGACAAGGGAUCACAAAGUCAAAGAAGAGGUUGUUGGGGUUUGUAGCAGUGAUGAAAGUUCUGGUGGCUACUUGGGGGGGUUCUCUGAUUUGGAAGGGUUUAUUUCUGAGAUUGGUGGCUUUCCACUGCUUCCUAUGGAUGGAAAUCACAUGAUCAUGCAAGGGUUUGAGGAACCUCAACUUUUAUAGGAUAGAUAUUAUUAUGUGUUAAUUAGAUCAUAUCAUAUAUAUAGAGAGAUAUCUUUCUUCAAUUUGCUGGUUCAUAUAUAGCUUUGUGUUUGAUAAUGAAAUGUUUUGGGUUUCUUAUGAUGACAUAAAGAAUGACUGACUUAUUAGUUUCAUUUCCAUCUUCUUCUCCAAAGUUUGAUCUCUCCCAUGCUUAUACUUAUUUCAAUUUUGUGAGAUAGAAAAAUCAAAAGUUGCAAAAUUCGAUUCUC